AUGCACCUGUUUUGCACCUUCUCCCUGCUGCUGCUGGUGUCCGCCCCGGUAAGCGCCACUGUGUCCAACAGCUUCAGAGAGUGCAGCCAUUUUUUUUACAUGCUGACCCCACCUGCAGGGAUUAGUGGAACCAGCCUGCGCAGGAUCUGCCAGAAGUAUGCAGACAAACCACGCUACACCACAUUAUAUGACAGCAGCUGCCGCCUUCCCCUUUACUCAGCCUACAUCUUCAAGAAGUCUGAUGGGAAGAGGAGGAUGGAUACACCCUGGAUGUAUGAGCCUCAGUUGCUUUCUGAUGAUGAGAGUGGAAAUAUGAGAGCUCUUCCCCUGACUGAUGCCACCCCUCCUCUGAUUGAGGACAGCCAGGCUGUGCUGGAGGACUACACAGACGCUGUGGGGUACAGACGUGGCCCACUCAAUCCUGACUUACACCAAGCCGAGCCAGACGACAAAUCCUCCACCUAUACUCUGACCAAUGUAGUCCCAUUAAUCUCAGAGUUCCUGGAUGCCUCCUGGAAUCCAUACUUGGACACCGUUCGCCGGCGCCUCAAUAACUUCUGCCAUGGUAAAUCGUUUAUUGUGACAGGAGUGACUGUUUCAGGGGCGACCAUCCAGCGAGACAACAGGAACCGCUUAGCAAUCCCAAAAUACUUAUGGCUGGCAUACUGCUGCCCACGGUUUGACCAUAACUCACCAUAUGAAGUGAGAUUUAUGUUCCCUACUUACGGUGGUUAUGCACUGAAUAAACAGACAGGCCACAGUGUGGUGGAAGUUCCUCUGAAGACACUGGAGGACUUCCUGAAGAGACAGAUAGACCAACAUGAUGACAUGAAUAUUUUCUAUAAAGGUUGCGUGUCCGAAAAUGCCUUCAAGAAGAAGAGGAGCGACAUGACCAGUGACUCCGAGUGAAUGAAUGGGAUUGUAUUCACUGUAUGUGGAAAAAGUCCUGAGAA